UAGACAAUUACUGGCACCACGCCCGUGAAAAUUCUGCUCCUUUAUCAAGUAAUUUCUCUUUUUAUGGCGAGUCAACUUGCAGGUCAUUUGGCAAAUGGCGUAUUCGGGAAUUGGUGGAGAUCCUUAUGAUGGUGUGACGUGGAGCAAGCGGAUGUGGAACCGCACAUUCUCCGUUCUGGGACAGGAGGUCGUCAUCAACAUUAACGGCGAUCGCGAUGCGGAUUGGGCGCUUAAGCAAAUGGAUUCCAAAACCGGGAAUUUUUUGCCGGUACUGGAGUAUUCUGCUAGCCGUAAAGCGUUGGAACCCUCCCGGGAUCCGGUAGACAAAACCAUCCGCAAGAUUGUUUGGUACAAGUGUGGUAGUCCACCGCCUAACGAACCCAAAUGCGGCUACCGUGAAAAGAAACCAGGCUGUAGACCUGGCAACAUUUGAAGGGCGGCAAAAAUGAAUGAAAUAACUCGCUGGCAGAAACAAAAUCUGAAGCAAAUUUUUUUCUUCUGUCUACGGAUCAUGAUCAGCCAGACCACAGAAUUUCGGCGGUUUUGGCGGAGAGUGGGUUGACACAGUCGUUUCGCAAACGUUUGCAUGUU